CCUCCUGCUGCUGUGUGUCUGGGUAGUUUGCAAUGAUGAUGAUGAUGAUGUUCUGCUGCUGUGUGUUUGGGCAGCAUGCAAUGAUUAUGAUGAUGAUGAUGAUGUUGAUGAUGGUGUUUCAGGUUACGGACGGUUCCACGUCCUCCUGCUGCUGCUGUGUGUCUGGGCAGUAUGCAAUGAUGAUGAUGAUGAUGAUGUUGAUGAUGGUGUUUCAGGUUACGGACGGUUCCACGUCCUCCUGCUGCUGCUGUGCGGCUGGGCAGUAUGCAAUGAUGAUGAUGAUGAUGAUGUUGAUGAUGGUGUUUCAGGUUACGGACGGUUCCACGUCCUCCUCCUGCUGUGUGUCUGGGCAGUAUGCAAUGAUGAUGAUGAUGAUGAUGUUGAUGAUGGUGUUUCAGGUUACGGACGGUUCCACGUCCUCCUGCUGCUGCUGUGUGUCUGGGCAGUAUGCAAUGAUGAUGAUGAUGAUGAUGUUGAUGAUGGUGUUUCAGGUUACGGACGGUUCCACGUCCUCCUCCUGCUGUGUCUGGGCAGUAUGCAAUGAUGAUGAUGAUGAUGACGGUUCCACGUCCUCCUCCUGCUGUGUCUGGGCAGUAUGCAAUGAUGAUGAUGAUGAUGAUGAUGAUGUUGAUGAUGGUGUUUCAGGUUACGGACGGUUCCACGUCCUCCUGCUGCUGCUGUGUGUCUGGGCAGUAUGCAAUGAUUAUGAUGAUGAUGAUGAUGUUGAUGAUGGUGUUUCAGGUUACGGACGGUUCCACGUCCUCCUCCUGCUGCUGUGCGGCUGGGCAGUAUGCAAUGAUGAUGAUGAUGAUGAUGUUGAUGAUGGUGUUUCAGGUUACGGACGGUUCCACGUCCUCCUCCUGCUGCUGUGCGGCUGGGCGGUGUCCAGUGAUGCCGUUGAGGUUCUGUCGGUGUCCUUCCUCCUGCCCUCAGCUUCCUGUGAACUCAAGAUGACGUCGUCACACAAGGGAUGGCUUAGUGCCAUUGUAUUUGUGGGGAUGAUGGUUGGGGGUUAUUUCUGGGGGUCCCUUGCCGACAAGGGUGGACGUCGGUCAAUCCUGCUGUGGUCACUGAUGGUCAACGGUAUCGGCGGGCUGCUGUCCAGUGUGUCCCAGGUCUUCUGGCUCUUCCUUCUCAUGCGCUUCAUCAGCGGUAUCGGUGUUGGGGGCAGUAUGCCGGUCAUCUUCUCUUACUUCUGUGAGUUCCAACCCAAGGACAGACGAGGCUCAAUGAUAUCCGUCCUGGCAACAUUCUGGAUGGGAGGCAACAUACUGGCCGCAGGGCUGGCCUGGAUCAUCAUCCCCCAGGAAACAUGGGGCUACUUCUCCCCCGAGUUCACCUUCUCCAGCUGGCGCAUCUUCAUCGCUGUCUGCACCAUCCCCGCGCUGUCGUCCGCCGUCCUCUUCUUUCUCAUGCCAGAGAGCCCCAAGUACCUGCUCACGGUUGGGAGAGAAAUGGAUGCCAUAUAUGUCCUAAAGCAAGUCCAUGAGAGAAACAGAGAGAGACAACCCUUCAAGGUGGAAGCACUGGUGUUAUCUGAGGAAGACAGACACAGCCACAAGUCAAGCCCUGAUGACCACAAGAAGUUGCAGUCUAUGAAGGCCAAGUGUGUCCAUCUGCUGGACAGUACUGUAGAGCUGUUCCGCCCCCCGCUGCUCCGCCGCAAUGUCGUCCUGCUGGUGAUCAACUUCACGCUUGCCUUUGGGUACUACGGGCUGUUCAUGUGGUUCCCCGAGCUGUUCAGUCGGAUUGAGAAGUUUGGGGGGACGCCAUGUGACCCCGGUCCCGUCAACACAACAAUCAGCAACUCCACAGUCAGCCCGAGCAGCGACACGUGCGAGGGACCCAGUAACACUGUCUUCCUGGAGGGCUUCCUGACAGCUGUUUCCAACCUCCCUGGAAACCUGUUCACCAUUUUCCUUAUGGACAAGCUGGGAAGAAAACUGCUUCUGUCCUCCAGCAUGUGUAUAUCAGGGCUGGCCGUGUUCUUCAUCUGGUUCGUACAGACCAGGGUGCAGAAUGUAGCAAUAUCGUGUGUGUUUGGUGCUGUGUCUACGAUCGGCUGGAACGCACUCGACGUGCUCUCAACAGAGCUCUUCCCCACCAACGUCAGAACUACGGCAUUCGGUGUCCAGACGGGCGUGGCUCGUAUCGGUGCAAUCCUCGGCAACGUGAUAUUCGGGGAACUGGUAGAUAUCCAUUGCGCUAUACCCAUGAUCAUGGUUGCUGUGUUGCUGUGUGUGGGCGGCCUGACUGCCAUCAAACUCCCAAACACCACUGGCAUCGACAUUCACUGAUGUGCAGAAUCUCCAAACAUCACUUACUCCACAUCUUUAUAUAGAGAUUGCCUUGGAGACAGGGUAAAGAGGAACUGUAUGGAGCUUUAGCCUGUGCUAGUUUAUGGGAGAGUAGUCAUGUUGAAUGUUUUCUGUUAUCCAGUGAAACCACAUUAAUCGGGAAUAUUGUUUUCUCGAUGACUACUGUCUACAAGAAAAGUUGACAUAUACUACUCAAAACAAGUUAGGGAACACCCUCAAUCGGAAUGCUGUGUGUUUUUUAUUUUAUAUAGUGAAAACGCCUCCGUCCCGAAUACUGUUUUGGGGACAAUUUCUUUUAUCAAAGAAUGUCAAAAUAUUUAACAGUGAUGCAUUAAUCAAUGUUUUAAGAGGUGUGAUUUCACUGGAUGAUACUGUCUGGAUAACAGGGUUUUGCUGUGUGUUGUGUUGUAGGAAGAUAGUAUAUAUACUCACCGUCAAAAGAAACACAAACCAUAGAAACAUAUAGAGAAGUAUGUACGUUAAGAAGAGAUGUUUCCAAAGUGUACCAUUUAAUCAGUCAUGUGUUGUCAGAGAGUGGUUACCGUAUUUUCUUGAGUUAAGUGCCCACUAUUUUUCCAUUUUUUAAAAUGUUUUUUCCCCGAA